AUGGACAUAUCAGUCAUUAACCCCACGAAACAGCUAUCCGAUUAUCUAUUGGAGGAAGUUUCCAAGGGAGAUAUAGAAGGCGUGAAGAGAGGAGACGUCAAGAUGCUAAGUCUGCUCCUUGAAUCUCGUCCAGACCUUGAGGUAAAGAGCCACCUUCUCAAGAUCACACCACUCCACAGCGCCAUCAACACCCGCAGCAUCGCCUGCGUCAGGCUGCUGCUGGAUGCAGGGGCGGAUUUUGAGGCAGAGAACGAUAUUGGGGAGAGGCCCCUCCAUGUUGCGAUACAGAGGGGUGACGUCGAGAUAGUUAAGAUCUUGCUGCAGUACGGAGCAGAUGCCAGGGCCCCGGCUCCAGUCUUCUGGCAGAGCGAGGUCCCCCGCCUCCCCCACGAGCUCGCCAGCAUGCUCGAGCAGCCGAAGCGAGAUCUUAUGCUCCGGGCCCUGGACAGCGUCGAGUGAAGCCCUUCCGACUCGUUCCCUGCCGGAAGUCUCCGCACUUCAUCUUUGCGCAUGGUUGCGG